AUGCAACUGCCAUUAACACCAGCAUAUGCAUUUACGGACUACCGAUCGCAAGGUCAAACAAUCAGUAACACAAUUGUUGAUAGCGCACAACCACCAAGUGGAGAACUUACACCAUUUAAUGUGUAUGUUGUGUUGUUGCGAGGGCAUGGAGGAGAAAACAUCUGUCUUCUUUGA